CGGGCCGUCCGGCGAGUCACGUGACGGAUCGGCGGCGCUGGCGGUUGCUGUCAGCUGAUUCCUGGGGUUGGUGGUAGUGGCAGCAGCGACGAUGGACUUUCUCCUGGGGAACCCAUUCAGCUCUCCAGUGGGACAACGCAUCGAGAAAGCUACAGAUGGCUCCCUUCAGAGCGAGGACUGGGCCCUCAACAUGGAGAUCUGCGACAUUAUCAACGAAACCGAGGAAGGCCCCAAAGAUGCCUUCCGAGCAGUGAAGAAGAGAAUCGUGGGCAAUAAGAACUUCCAUGAGGUGAUGCUGGCCCUCACAGUUUUGGAAACAUGUGUGAAGAAUUGCGGGCACCGCUUCCACGUGCUGGUGGCCAGCCAGGACUUCGUGGAGGGCGUGCUCGUGAGAACCAUCCUGCCCAAGAACAACCCCCCCACCAUCGUGCACGAUAAGGUGCUGAAUCUCAUCCAGUCCUGGGCUGACGCGUUCCGCAGCUCGCCCGAUUUGACAGGUGUCGUUGCCGUCUACGAGGACCUGCGGAGGAAGGGCCUGGAGUUCCCCAUGACUGACCUGGACAUGCUGUCGCCCAUCCACACCCCUCAAAGGACCGUGUUCACAUCAGAGACACCAUCAGGACAGAACUCCGUGGGCUCUGACACCAGCCAGCGAGGAGACUUGAGCCAGCAUACUGCCCCUCCGCCUGCCCCGGCCAUACUUCCUAACGAUACACCCAUCACACCAACCCCCGAGCAGAUCGGGAAGCUGCGCAGUGAGCUGGAGAUGGUGAACGGGAAUGUGAGGGUGAUGUCGGAGAUGCUGACGGAGCUGGUGCCCACCCAGGCCGAGCCCUCAGACCUGGAGCUGCUACAGGAGCUGAACCGCACAUGCCGAGCCAUGCAGCAGCGGGUCCUGGAGCUCAUCCCACGCAUCUCCAACGAACAACUGACAGAGGAGCUGCUCAUGGUUAACGACAACCUCAACAACGUGUUUCUGCGCCACGAACGGUUUGAACGGUUCCGAACAGGCCAGACUGCCAAGGCUGCACGUGAGACCGAGCCAGCAGCUGACCUCAUCGACAUGGGCCCUGACUCUGCAACCACAGGCAGCCUCUCAUCCCAGCUGGCAGGAAUGAACCUGGGCUCCAGCAGUGUAAGGGCUGGUCUGCAGUCUCUAGAAGCUUCCGGCCGCCUGGAAGAUGAGUUUGACAUGUUUGCACUGACUCGGGGCAGCUCUCUGGCUGACCAACGGAAAGGGGUGAAAUAUGAAGCCCCCCAAGCCACAGAUGGCCUGGCUGGAGCCCUGGAUGCCCGGCAACAGAGCACCAGUGCGACCCCUGCCACCCAGGCUCGAAUCAUGGAGGACAUUGAGCAGUGGCUGUCCACGGAUGUGGGGAACGAUGCAGAAGAGCCCACAGGCGUCACCAGUGAAGAAUUUGACAAGUUCCUGGAAGAACGCGCCAAAGCCGCCGACCGGCUGCCCAACCUGGCCAGUCCCUCAACUGAGAGGCCCCCGUGCCCCCGUCCUGGUGCAGCCCCUCGGAGGAAGACCCAGGAGAAGGACGACGACAUGCUGUUUGCCUUAUGAGCGAGGGCCUGCCACCCGCAGCCCAAGGGCCCCCCCCCUGCUCCCCACCCCGGCUGAGGCCUCUUCCCCUCUCUUGGUAUUAAGGCUGCUUUGGGGGUAUUGUUACCCCAUUCUCUCCUCCUUAUGACGGAGCAGAUCUAGCUAUGGCUGGGCCAUGCUGCCUGGGGCCUUGGGGGACAAGAAGAUUUAACUGGGGACACAGGUCAGCCUCCAUCAGAAUCAUGGCUGCUCCUGCCUCCCUUGCCACCCCACCAACCACUAAGACCUGGCUGAGAACUGGAGGCCCCAACAACCUGGCUGCUUAGUUGUCCCCCUGGGAGGCCCUUCCUUAGUGGCUGGUGACAGAGGAACCCAUGCUACAGCCCCCCCUCUCCCAGCCCCUGCCUCAUGGCAGCAGGCUUCGCUGGCUGUUGAGGGUGGGGUGGCCCCUGCUGAGCUGCUCACUGUCCAGGUACGAAGCUGCACGUGGUGAGGAGGCCAGCCCAGGCAGCCAGGUGAGGCCCAGAGGAUGCCGAAGGCCCAGGCCCACCAUGUACCACUGACGUGGCCAUCCUUCCACAGGGCUCCACCCACCUAGGGCCCAGCUGUUGGCUGGUCCUCUUGUACAAGAAAGCUGCCUUUGGUACCACCAAAUAAAGGUAGAAAACCAUCCU